CCGGCGGGACGCCCGGGCGCUGGUAGCGCGCUGCGGGCCGAGGAGGGUCCCGCCGGCCCCGCGGCCACCGUGCGGCUGGGCCCGGGGCGGCGGCGCCGUCGGUGCGGGCCGGGGCCCCCCAGCUCCGGCGCCCUGAGGGCACCCCCGGGGGUCCGAGCCCCGGGCGCGGGGCUUCUCCCUGCGGAGGGCGUUAAUGGUUUAAGCGAGGGGCGCCUGGACCUGGCCCCGAGGCACCAUGACGCUCCUGGGGUCUGAGCACUCCUUGCUGAUCCGGAGCAAGUUCAGAUCAGUUUUACAGCUACGGCUUCAGCAGAGGAGGACCCGUGAGCAGCUGGCAGACCAAGGCAUCAUGCCACCACUGAAAAGCCCAUCCGCAUUCCAUGAACAGCGAAAAAGUCUGGAGCGAGCCAAGACUGAAGAUUAUCUCAAGCACAAGAUCAGAAGCAGGCCUGAGCGAUCAGACCUGGUCAGUAUGCACAUUUUACAAGACUCAGCUGCAGAGGGGUCCAUUCAGUCUACUCAAAUGAAGCUGAAAAGAGCCCGACUGGCAGAUGAUCUCAAUGAAAAGAUUGCUCUCAGGCCGGGUCCUUUGGAGCUGGUGGAGAAGAAUAUUAUUCCUGUCGACUCAGCUGUGAAAGAGGCCAUAAAAGGCACCCAGGUCAGCUUCCCCAAGCCGGCUGAUGCCUUUGCCUUCGAGGAGGACAGCAGCAACGACGGGCUGUCCCCGGAGCAGGCCAGGAGCGAGGACUCCCUGGGCUCCACCGAGCCGGUGACAGGCACCAAGGCCCUGGAACCAGCCCCUGCCACCCCAGCUGGGGCACCCCAGGAUCACGCCCACAGCGCCGACAGCCACGCACCGGAGCCAGCCUCGGCACAGGGCAGACAGUGUGACAGCCCCAAGCAGGCGGCGGGGCAGGAGAGCCCAACCCUCCCGGUGCCCUCUGCCGUGAAGUCCAAAUCAUCCAGUGACAGCAAGAACCGUCACAAAAAGCCCAAGGACACCAAGCCUAAGGUGAAGAAGCUGAAGUAUCACCAGUAUAUCCCUCCAGACCAGAAGGCAGAGAAGUCCCCUCCACCCAUGGACUCUGCAUAUGCCAGGCUCCUCCAGCAGCAGCAGCUCUUUCUGCAGCUCCAGAUCCUCAGCCAGCAGCAGCAGCAACAGCAGCAGCAGCAGCAACAUUUCAGCUACCCAGGGAUGCACCAGGGCCAGCUAAAGCAAUCAAAUGAGCAAAUGGUCAAAAGUUCAAAUUCUUCAUCAACUUCUGUCAACAACACCCCUCUUUCUCCUGUGAAAACCACCUUUUCAGGCCAGACUUGUGUCUCAUCUAUCAAGCCAGGCCCUCUGCCGUCUAACCUGGAUGAUCUGAAAGUGUCAGAACUGAGGCAGCAGCUCCGAAUACGAGGCUUGCCUGUGUCAGGUACCAAAACAGCACUGAUGGAACGGCUGCGGCCCUUCCAGGAGUGUGGCAGCAACACGGUGCCAAACUUCAGUGAGAUUACCACUGUCACCUUCCCAGUCACUCCAACAAGCACCCUGUCGAGUUACCAGUCGCAGUCCUCCACCAGCAUGUUAUCAAAUGGCUUCUAUCACUUUGGCAGCACCAGCUCCACCCCACCCAUCUCUCCAGCCUCCUCCGACCUCUCUGUGAGUGGCUCUUUGCCUGACACAUUCAACGACGGGCCCAUGUCUUCUCCACAGUUUGGUCUCCAGCCAUCUCCGGUUCAUGGCAGUGCUGAAGAAAGCCUCAUGAGCAGCAUGAAUGGAGGGAGCAUCCAGCUGGAGCUGGAAGGGAUUGACACAGAGAAAGACAAGAUGCUGGUGGAGAAGCAGAAGGUCAUCAAUGAACUGACAUGGAAGCUGCAGCAAGAGCAAAGACAGGUGGAAGAGCUACGGAUGCAGCUUCAGAAGCGAAAGAGAAGCAAUGGCCUUGAGGAGAAGCAGGGGCCUGCUCAGCAUUUCUUUGGUGUCCCCAUCAAGCAAGAAAAUGCAGUGGCCAGCUGUCCAUUUGCAUCCAAACAAACUGCCUUGAAAGGCCAGGCCAGCAGCUCGGAUAAGUUAAGUAACUGUGGGGUGCCGCAGCUGCCUCACAUUGUAAAUAGCCACUGCUUGGAGCCUGCAGGGCAAAGCACCAUCACCUCCUCGACAUUCCUGAGCCCGCAGUGCUCCCCCCAGCACUCUCCACUUGGGGCUGCAAAGAGCCCCCAGCACAUCAGCCUGCCGCCGUCCCCCAACAGCCACUAUCUCCUCUCGGUGUCCCCCAGCUCGCAGGCAGAAGGGCGCAGCGGGUCCCCGCAGACCAACAGUUGCCUUCGCACGGGAUCGCAGAUGACACGAAGUCAGCAGAUGGACGAGCUCCUGGACGUGCUGAUUGAGAGCGGAGAAAUGCCAGCCAAUGCCAAGGAAGAUCGGUCCUGCCUCCAGAAAGUACCUCAGAUAACGCUGUCUACAGGGAACUCCAGCACCUCGCUCCCGAAGUCAUCCACCCCAUUUGAGCAGGUCUCCUCAGCCCAGCUCUCCUUUGAGCACUGUCCGGGCAGCAGCGAUGCCCACCUCGAGGUCCUGCUGAACGCCCACAGCCCCCUGGGGAGGGUCAGUGAAAUCGCCCUGCUGAAGAUGGGAGAAGAGUCCCACUUCGAAGGGAUGAUGGAGGGGUUCUCUGGCAAAGCCGCAGAUGAACUGCUCACCUCCCAGGAGAUUUUACAGACUCCCCUCUCGCCCAUGGAAACCCAGCUCUCCCCUUCCCCUGCCGACGGCUCCGGUUUACAAAUGAGUUUCACUGAGUCUCCGUGGGAAACAAUGGAGUGGCUGGACCUCACCCCCCCCAGCUCUGCCACUGGCUUUGGCUCGCUCACUCCUGCAGCUCCCAGCAUCUUCAACAUCGAUUUCCUAGAUGUUACCGAUCUCAACCUAAACACCAGCAUGGACCUGCACCUGCAGCAGUGGUGAAAGGGAGGCUGGUGGAGGCAGCGUACUAUGAGCCUGCAGCAGCCAGCACAGUGUUUCUGUCGUGCCGGAGAAGACGCAGCACUAACGUGCCCCAUCCAGGGGAAACUGGAGUAAUUUUCCCAGCGUAUAAACUUGUUUGAAUUUCUAGUUACUGCAAAUUAACAGCACAACAGCUCUGGUACUUUGGUUUUCCUCCAUCUACAGGUCCCCACAGAGGACACCAGUGCCUUUAACAACACUUUUUUAGAUUGACAAGAACUGAGUUUUGCUUCUUUGAUCCUUCCCCCCCACCCCCGGUUUCAGCAGUCACUCUCACGAGAACUGGAGCAGCUCAUGGUGAAACUGUGGGGUGAGGAGACCUCACCUGGGCAGCAACGGGAAAUCAUGGAGAGGAGAGCCCAUUGCUGCCCUUUCCUCUGCUCUCCUCCUGCCCAUCCAGCCCUUCAGGCAAUCCUGGCUCACCUUGGCCAUGCCCAGGCCAGGAGGGUGGGAGCAGGGAGGCUCUGCCCAGCCAGGGCAGCAAGCACACUUCUCCGUACAGCCAGGCUCACCUUGCUUCCUUCCCCUUGCCCUUGAAGCUGCGUUGCCCAGUCCCCGCACAGCUCUGCUCCAGGUGGAUGAAAGAUGGAGACCACCAUGUUCGUGGUGCCACCUUGUCAUGUCCUCAUGGUGCCUGGGGGUUGAAAGCCCAGGAGCCAUCCCAGCUGCAGUCUGAACUGCAUCAGGCUGAAGCCUGUGACCUUGGAGCAGAGAGCUCUGGACACUGGAGGCAGCUGCUCAGGCUGCAGGUGCAGGUACCACAGGCAUGUGGCAUCCCAGUGGACCUGCCACAUCCCAGCUAGUAUGGUACAGAUGAAGAGAUGUGUAAUGUGUUUUGGUCCAAGGGAGGAGCAAGUGGUAUGGAAAACACAGACAGGCUUUGGAGGGGCUGUCCUCUGCACAGCCAGACAUCAGGAUGGGUCUCUACCUCCUUGCAUGAUCUGGGAGCAGGGGGAGCCAGAAAUGGACACUCGGCAAUGUGGAGCAGGGCUGAGUGGGUCCUUGCGUGGCUGCAGUUUUGUACAAGCGUCUGCUUUUGUUGCCUCCACUCCUCUGCCAUCCAUCCCUCUCUCCGUCCUUCUUCCCAUUCCUCCCCUUCUUCCCGAGUUUACUCCAGCAUCACUGUUCACUCAGCCCAGAGCAAGGCCAUCUGGAGAACAGCUGUGAAUCACUGGGCCUGGAGGAGCUAGUUCUCCUAAAGCCGGCAGAGAUGGAUGCUCUCCUGCAGUGAUGCCUCCCAUUUGAAGACACCAGCAUUUCUCCUACGAGUCUCUGUGCAAUAUACUUCCUCAGGCUCUGGCGAAAAGGAGCCUCUGCUUCACUUCUUGGCUUCCACCAAAGAACUUGCUGCAGACUGUUUGACGGACACGUCUACUUCUUUGAAAUUCUGGUUUUGCCAAAGUAAAUAUUGUUGCUGACAAAGAUUGUUAAACUAUUUACAGACUGAGCGUAUUUAAUAUUUGUGUUACUGGAAGGACAGCACACGGAGAUGCAGCAGCCGGGGAGGAGCCCGACGGGAGCCCCGGGGCUCCCAUGGGACACUGCCCCAGGGGUGCUGGAGCUGGCAGAGGAGGCUCCGCAGCCCCUGCUGUGUCUCCAGCUCAUGGCGUUGUUGCAUGCUGUAUAAAGCACGUGGCAGUAGCUUUCAAGUCACUAUUUAAAGCACCACUUUUCUAUUGUACAAAUGGUCACUGUGCACUGCUAGGAUAGACAAUCACAGGUUGCGUUUUGUUGGGGUUUUUUAAGAGAAUUUCUUUUUCUAAGUGAGACAUUUUUUGAAGCCGGUCCAUGGAGAAUAUUAAUAGCACUUGAAACAGAGUAGUGUUAGCUACUACACUGCGUUAUUGUACAGGGCUUUCCAGGUAACUUUUUCCUCUCAGCAAAUAUAUUUCCUUAUUUAAAGGGAUGCUGUCAGCUUCAAACUUGUAAGCAAGCACAUUUCCUUACCUAUGUUACCAGCAACACCUUCAUUAUUAAAACCCUUGUCUUGCCA